UCGGUGUGUGAAGUGGCUGCGCACGUGUUCAAUGAUGGAGUAACAAACUGGGGUCGAGUGGUGACGCUCAUCUCGUUUGGUGCCUUUGUUGCAAAACACCUGAAGAGCAUAAACCAGGAGAAGUGCAUCGGCUCGCUAGCGGGGAUCAUCACAGAUGCGCUCGUCUCAUCCAAGCACGAGUGGCUCAUGAGCCAGGGAGGCUGGGAGGGUUUUGUCGACUUCUUUCGAGUUGAGGACCUAGAAGGCAGCAUCAGGAACGUACUGAUGGCGUUUGCAGGCGUGGCUGGACUGGGAGCGAGCUUAGCCUACAUGAUCCGGUGAGCCAGGGUGUGCUGCAGAGGGACAAAACUCUGGGUGGACCGGCUCUGUUUGGGGCUGGCGAGCUGAUCGCUUCCUCCUGUGAGUACUUGCGAAGCUGGACUUGGAGUGACCCGAGGAGGAUAUCUAGGCAUACCCUGAGCAAUCCUUUC